GCCACAACCGCGCUCAACGCGCUGAUAUCUUGGAUACUUUUACACCAUGUUUUAUUCAGAGGCAAUUCUGUCGAGGCGUGGUCCCUUGGCCAAAGUAUGGCUGGCGGCCCAUAUGGAAAGGAAGCUUUCGAAGGCUCAAACACUGCAGACGGACAUUGAACAGUCUGUUGAUGCCAUCAUGGGCCAGGAAGUAGAGGUGAUGGCUUUGAGGCUCAGCGGGCAACUAUUAUUGGGGGUAGUCCGGAUCUACAGCCGCAAAGCGAAGUAUCUGCUUGACGAUUGCAAUGAGGCGCUCCUCAAGAUUAAGAUGGCAUUUCGUCCAGGGCUUGUAGAUAUGACAGAAGAUCAACUUGCUGUCAAUCGGAAUGCUAUUACUUUACAGGCAGGUGGGUUGGACCUUGAUGUGCUCUUGCCUGAUAUCAACUGGGAUAUCGACUUCGAAGACCGAGUUGUCCAACCCCAGGGUCACCAUGUUGCGCGUCAAGCGGACAUCACACUCGCUACUGCAGAUGACUUACAGUUCGAUCUUGACGACGCUGGUUAUGGCUUUGACUUGGGUCCCGCUGAUGGCAUUGGGUCUCAGGACUAUGAACUUGACUUGGGUUUGGAUUUCGGAGAUGGACCGUUGAGUGAAGAUGGUCGUGAUCGCGACAGCAUGAGCAUUGAAGUGGGCCGUGACGCUCCCCCACCUAGAGAGCCUCGAUAUUCGCUGGACUCGCAGAUAUUUGGGAGAGGAGGAGAUACAGAUCUCGAUGUCUUGUCUCAAAAGAGCAGAGAACCAUCCGAACAUCCUUUUGGUGGGGACUUGGGUCUUGAAUUUGGUCCCGAAGUUGGCAUGGAUAUCGAUUUGGGCCUUGACUUUGGUGACAAUCUCCUCGCCUCUCCGUUGAGCGAACCGCCGAAGACCCCUUCGCCAGGUGUUGAUUUGAAUCCGGAGAUAGCUGCAGAAGGUCACGAGCCGGUGCCAGCUGAGAAGCCUGAAGAGAAGAAGAAGCGAAAGGAGAAGAAACAAAUCAUCGACGAUGUUACUGAACUUCAAAACAGCAACCGACGUGGCGGACUCGGUCCUGGCGCUAAAGACGUCUCUUCGAUUUUGACAGAACAUCACUAUCUACCCCGCUCAUCCCUUGUCAUGCGUUUACUCAAGAUUCGUGAAGAUCCUGUCGCACAUUUCCUCCCGACCAGAAUUACGCCCACCGGUACAUAUCUACUCGCUGGUCCACCGGGUAUGGCGCCAGAGCUCCAGGAGAUGUUCAUGCGACCAAUGCCCACACACCAAACGGCGAAGCGCCGUGCUGCAUCUCCUGAGAAACCUCCUAGCAAGAAGCCACGCAUAGAGGAAAGUGUUGCGGAAGAUGACCAAGUCGAACAAGCUCGCCGCGUUGCCAGUGUCGCUCCCAGCGCUGUGCUGGGCAGCGAUGUGUUGGGGCGUGGGAGUGUUGGGCCUGGUCUAGAGGGUGGUCUUGAGUUUGAUACCACUGGGCAGGGUGUGGAGGAAUUCCAAAUGGACUUGGGAGAUAUCGCGGGAGGAGAUGCUGAUAUAGCCCUGGACGUGCAGCGUGCACGCUCAAGGUCGCUUGCCCCAUCAGAACUGACCCGUCUAUCAACCCCCGGACUAGACGAACCGGAGGAGACAUACGCCGACCUGGAGUGUCCUAUAGCAGUCUUCGACACGAAGGGGUCGAGCCAGUCGUCCGAGAGUACAGAUGGAGUCGAUUCGAAGGGGUAUAGCAAGAAUACCAUGAAGGCCCUGGGGAUCGUCAGAAAGGAGUUGCAGCCUGACGAUGAGCACGAGGAAGAAGAAAAGGUCAUGAGUUUCAAGAAGAUGUCUACGAAGGCUACGCGGCGAGCAGCCUCUUCAUUCUUCUUCGAGCUCCUCGUUCUUGGAACCCGAGACUGUGUUAAGCUUUCUCAAGCUGCUCCGUUCGAAAACAUAGAGAUUCGCGCCAAGGAUAAAUUGUGGGACCGGCAGCGACAAGGUUCAGUUGCACCAUCUAUUGCCGCUUCUAUGGGCUUAUGAUCAUAGGAACAAGUUUGUUAGCCAUGAUCUCUUGUUUCAGGAACUUUUGUGGAUCUCCUAUUGUUUACGAUCUAUUAUGUUGUUUGAUUCCCUAACUUGGUUUUGUACUCUUUUCAAUGUGAGAAUCUCUCGAUGGCCACCUAUCUUAUUCGUACUUUGUAUGUCACGCAAGUAGACCUCGAUAUUGUAGUGAGUAUUUACACUUCC